CUGACAAAACGAGAUUCUCCUCCCGGUGUUGUUGACAGAGGAGGGAUGUUGCACAUGGUUUGGUUUUGACUGGGAGACUGGCUACUACUAUACAGACAGAUCAUCUCACAUUGUACAGGGGAAAGGUCGACCGAGCGUGAUGGACAAGUAGUCUGCGAGUUCAUGCUCUCUGCUUGCUAGAAUGAAGCCGUGAUGGGUUUGAUGGAGCCGACUUGUGCUCAGAUACCGAACAGACCUUUAUGUUUUUUACAAAAUCUGCUCCUACAUGGCCGAGAAUCAGAAUAACUGCUGGGGACAGCAUGACCUGAACAGAGAGUUCUUUGGCCUGAGUGCUGACAUCGAUCACAACCUGAAGGAGCUUCAACGACAGCAGAUGGCCAAGGAAUUUAACUGUAACAUCUCCCUCUCCCAGUCUCCUUUCUACUCUGAUACAUAUCGCCUAGCAUCUGAUAACAUGCUGCGACCCCAAGAGGGAGACCAGGUGGUGCCUUCCUCCCAGAGACGGACAGUCUUUGGGGGCCACCAGAAAGAAGCCAAACCCUUGCCGCCUCUGCCUGAUCCUGAGGAGCUCAUGUCUGAUGAGGCAGCUGACAGCGAAGUGGAGUUUUUUACAAGUGAUCGGCGGCGUCUUUUGCCCAAAAGCUGCCCCAAGGCCAUGUACAGGCUCAUGAACAGGGACUGUGGCCAAGUGAAUUACGCCUACCAGGACAGCUCGCUGCGGGCUGGGGGUGCUGGGACUGACUCCAUCGCUUUCUCUUGGCCAGGCAGAGAGGACAGAGCAACAGGUAGAGGAAGCGGGUUUUGGGCACUAGUUCUCCAAAGAGAAGACCACCAGCCAGAAGAACAACAGCAACCAUCCAGACUCCAGUUUCCCUGUUCAGGUCCUGCCUUCCAGCCUCCGAGCACCACAAACUGGCCCACUGACAAGCCACAAAUCCCUCCUCGCAUCCCCAUCCCGCCAAAACCCCCCACUCUCUUCAGGACUGUGAGCACAAACGAGGAAGACAAGCCUCCCAAAAUCCCUCCAAGGAUCCCUUUAGUCCCACCAUGCCCUCCACGUACCCCGAGCCCCAAAAGCCUUCCAAUUUACAUCAACGGUGUGAUGCCUGCCACACAGAGUUUUGCUGCUAACCCAAAAUAUGUGAGUAAGGCAUUACAGAGACAGCAGAGUGAAAGUGCGCCACCUGCAGCUCAGUUCUCUCCCUGCAUUGUUCCCAUUUUGAAGGAUGGCAGAAAGGCCAGCGCCACGCACUACAUCCUCCUGCCGCCCGGCCGACCAGCGUACUCAGACAGACGGGAAAGACUGCGGAGUGAACCAACCAGGUCGGGAAACAGCAGCGCGUGGCAGGGCAGAUAGAAACCCUCGCUAAUGUCUCAAACUCGAUGAGUUCAGAACUGUGACUGGCAUCAUUAAUAACCAGUGAGUGUGUGAAAACUUCUUCAUGCUACAUUCACAUACUCAUUAUUCUUUUCAAUGACUGAUUUAAAGAUCACCUAUGUCACACAUCACUGUGAGGUUUGUGUUUGUUUUAACUGAACAUUUUACCGGUCAGUAUUUUAGCGAGUGGAAGACAUCAUAACAUUACAGUAUUUUUCACAAACAGUUGAUAAAUAUUUAUAUAACCACUUUUAUGUUUGUGUACUGCAGUUUUUUCACAGGAAACAUGUCUGAUCACUCACUAAACGUCAUUAAUAAAUCGGACACCCAUGUGUUCAUAUCACUAAUACUAUAUUUCUUACAAGAGAGCAAAUAAUUACUGUAUGUACAAGCUGGGCUUGUACCAAACUGUUCAUCCCAUGUGCGUUUCUUUUUUUUUAUGACAAAUGCUGCUUGAAAUGUUAAGUAUGAUGCUUUGAUAGAUUUAUUGUUUUAAUGAAUCAUUAUCACAUUUAUUGUAAAUUUUACAAUAGACACCGUAGCUGAUAUGAGAACGACACAACACAAGAGAAACAUGCUUUUAACUUCAGUGAAACACUUCACCUGAUAAAACUCUUAACCUCUGUUUCUAUGUCAGUGCUAAUGCAUUUUCAGACCUCUUUUGCAAAUGUAUUUCAUUUUUCUUACGCAGCCUUCACUUGUCUUGUUUUCAAAGCAAGCGAUGUCCUACCUGCAAAGGACUCGACUUUUGCAUCAUAUUUUAUGCUUGUGGGCACAAACAUAAGUUUUGUUUUUUUUUAAUGAAAAUUCUGUGGGCUGAAAAAAAAAGCAGCCCUGUCACCAGAUUAAAACCUGUUGCCACCCUUAAAUUGAUUGAUGAUUGACAGGUCUUUUAAUACACAUGAGGUACAAAAAUCAACAAGAAUAUAUAUAUACUUUUUUUUUUUCCCUGAUGCUGUUUUUUUCCCGGUUUUUCAUUGGAAGUAUUUGUAUCCAGAGAGGUAAAAGAAGCCUAAAUUUUCUGUUAUGAUCAGUUGACAAACUUUUAAUUAUUAUUAAGAAAUUAAAUUAUGAUGUACGUGCAUUUAGCUCAAGGUAAAUAGGGUCAAAAAAGUACAAAUUGGGCCUUUAAUGACUCUUCAUUUUGAGCAUGGAAAUCAUGUUACGUUUACACUGUUGAGGUCCCGUUUACAACCUUUGUUACAUCAGUAGGUUGGAAGUUCUCAUGAAGAUCCUGUGUCAGAUUUGGCCCGAGCAAAGUCUGUUUGUAAGUUCAUGAUGUUAUUUGUGUCAAAUGUAAAUCAUUGUAAAAUUGUGUUUUUAAUCUAUUUAUAGAAAUAAAAUAACUUAUUCAUUCUA